AUGACUGAAAAGUUAACUCCUCCCACUGCCUCUGAGCAGCUUGCCUGUAAACCACCUGCUUUCUCCUUUGUUUCUCCAACUAAUCAGAAAACACCACCUGUCCCAGUCGACCUAGCCGGAGCCUCUGUCCUGGAGGAGUUCCACGCGAGGAGGCUGGAUGUCAGUGGGGCCCUGGUGGAAGAAACAGCCACGUACUUUCAAACUUCCGCUCACUCUGCACCCUUUUUUGCACCGAAGGGCACGUCCUCGACGUCACAGUUCCCCCAUCCCGCUCAAUUAUCAGGUUCUCACUCAUCCAGUCCAAGUGCAGUCCAGCAAAAACCUGGCCUGACGUCUGAAGUCCUCAAGAAGACUGUCACCUCGCCUGUCCUUAGUCCCAGAGAAAGUCCGAGAACCUCUUCUCCUUCAAUGUCCUCCGGUGCUUCUCUGAAGUCGAAUUCAGCCUCCUACAUCCCAGUCCGCAUCGUCACGCACUCACUCUCUCCGAGUCCCAAACCCUUCCCCUCCCCUUUCCACGGCUCUUCUUCCACUCUCUGUAGCCAAGCGUCAUCCAGCGGGAACGUCUCAAAGUCAGGGGUGAAAUCCCCAGUGCCCUCCCGGCUUUCCCUCCUCACUGCCAUCCUCAAGUCCAACCCUUCUCACCAAAGACCCCUUUCCCCGGCUUCCUGUCCCACCUUCUCUCUCAACUCCCUGGCUUCUUCCAGGCUCACACUCGAUCAAAAAGUUAAACAAACCUCUCCUACGCCUAAAAAAUCCCUCUCGAGUUGCUCCCUGCGAGCGGGGUCUCCAGAGCAAAGGGAAAACCAGGUUUCUGAUCUCAGCCAGCAAUCCUUUCCCUUCCCUUCUUCCACUAAAGCUGCUCCCCUUCCUGUGGCAUCCUCCCUUUCUCCCCCCAAACAGGGCAGUAGCAGCCUUGCUUCUUUGAAUGUAGAGAAAAUGCCAUCCCCCACUUCUUUGAAGAGCAGCCCAAUGAUUUCCCAGCUGCAAACCAGUACCUCCAGUUCUACGGGUCUGCCUCCUGUCCCUCCAAGAUUUUCUCCUCUGUUUUCCAAGGGCAGACAGGAUGCUGACCUCAGGGGCCCAGGAAAGCCCAGGGAUAUUUCCCCACAUCCUUCUGCGUUAGCCUCCUUGGCAUCAUCUUCGGUGUCUCCUCCCACUAACCCAAGAGCCAGGCUCCCCUCUCCAGAGAAAUGCUACCAUCCUUCCCCAACUCUUUCAAACCUGAUAAGCAGAUCCAAGAGAGCAUCAGCACCUCUCUCUGGCCAGGGGCAGACACCUUUAGCUCCUCCCCCACACCCUGUCUCCAGCGCUGGCUCUGCCUCUCUUCCCCAACUGGGGUGCUCCGUUCUCCCUUGUGCUAAUCCGCCCACGGAGGUGCGCCACCUCAGUCCCUCAGCGCUGCACCCAAAUCUUACCCUGCCUUCAAGAAUUGGGAAAUCCGAAAGCUCCAUAUCUGACCACAGGUCAUCUGUUUCAUCCCCAUCACCUCCCAUCUCUCUAACAAGAACCAACGAGCUGAUUUCACCUUGUGCAUUGUCCAUGUCAACAGGCCCUGAAAAUAAGAAACACAAGCAAUACAAGACCAAGUCCAGCUACAAGGCUUUUGCAGCAAUCCCAACAAACACAUUGCUUUUGGAACAGAAGGCACUAGAUGAACCAGCCAAGACAGAGAGCAUCUCCAAGGACAACACAUUAGAUCCACCUCUGGAGUUGUGUUCCCCUGAACAGCUCAGGCAGCAAACUGAAGAGCUCUGUGCUACCAUUGAUAAGGUCUUACAGGAUUCCUUGUCUAUGCAUUCUUCUGAUUCUCCUUCAAGUUCCCUACAGACAUUUUUGGGUUCUGACACAAUCAAAACACCUACAACUCUUCUGAGAGCAGCUGGUCGAGAAACCAAAUAUGCAAACCUCGCCUCACCAUCUUCUACGGUAUCUGAGAGUCAGCUGGUACGUAUCCUUUUACUAGACAUAGACCUG